GCUGAUGUUAAUUCCGAUUAUAUUUAAUGAUACAACUCAUAGCAUAGUAUAAUAAAUAUUAAAUACUUAAAAUAUGGCGAUAGCUUUAAUUGUUUUGAUUCACGUCUGGUUUACAAUAGUACUGAUUGGGCAAGUGGUGCCACAAGUUAUUUGGACCCCAAUCUACAUUGAUUCAAAUAGUCAAGUGGAUUUGUGGACGAAAGCCUCUCGAGGCUGUAUGUGUCCAUGGGAUGAAGCUGGUCAAAAAGACUGUGCAUGUUGUGUACAAGAUGGAGGUUGCCAUUGUGGACAAGAAGCCCCAAAUCGUUGUGCUCAAUGUGGUUUAGAGCAUUUUUGUAGCAGUAUGUGUAAUUUGACAAUUGAUUCAAACACAUUACUUGCAAAAUCUGGCAAAACAUUUGGACAAAUAAAAUCACCUUCAAUAGAAGGUCCAAGUUCCUGUUGGUACACAUUUCGACCAGCGUUAGAUCAACGUGUUGAAUUACAAAUUUAUCGGAUUGUUGAUGUUGGUCGAUUUAAUGGAACUAGUUGUGAUGGAGGCUUUCUGGAAUGGCAACCAAAUGAUAGUGAUCCAAAUAUAAAUCCACCACCACCAUUACAAAUUUGCGGAGCAAAUGAACGAUAUUCUCCACCAGUCGUCAUGUAUUCAGAUACAAACAAUACAGCAAAUUUAUUUUUCCAAAUGAAUGAAAAAACACUACGAUCUCAAUUUUUAGCAUAUUUUAGUUUUACACCAAAAAAGAGUUUGCAAGGAGUUGGAUUUCAAGCAAAAGGUGGUACACGCAUUCCAAACACAUCAUGCGAUUGGUCGUACAAAGAGAGUUCUUGUGCUAAUGGAUGUACGUUAGCAAGUCCUGGAUAUCCAGGAAUCUAUUCACCAAAUCGUCAGUGCAAAUAUCAUAUAACCACAAGUUCCAUUUAUACUCGCGUUAAAAUUAUAUUUACAACCGUCCUGUUGCCUCAUAAUCAUUGUUUAACAGAUUAUAUUGCUGUAUAUCAAGGUUCGACUGUAUCUGAUUUAUUAUUAACUACAAUUUGUGGUAAUCGGCCACAAGUAAUUGAAUAUAAUGGUCCAAAUAUCCUGAUAGAAUUUAGUUCUGGGCCACAAGUACCUCCAUAUAAUUAUAACGGAUUUGUUGCAAAUUUGGAAUUUAUAGAUGCUACUUUAACUACAGAGUCUGCAAUCACAACUAAUUUACAUAACAAGAUUGACUACUCUAAUAUUGAUGAAACUGAGAACACAGUUUUAGGAACGUAUCCAACUGCAGUUUUAGUGCCAAAAACAACUUGUGACGUUUUUAUAUCUGGAAACAAUUCACGCUCAGGACAUUUUGACACACGUUCCAAGGAGUAUAAUCCAUUCUGUCGCAUUGUAUUUAGAGGUUCCCCCACUGACGUCAUACAUCUGUCAAUGUUUAACUAUCGACUGAAGGCUCCAGCAUGCCGGUCCGUUAUUGAAAUCUAUGAUGGAAAUGUUGAAGAUGGAAUAAAACCAUUCAAAAAAUUAUGUAGUCCCAUCACUAAAAUGGCACGUGAUUCUCAUGGCAAAUUUAUUGAACAGCAAACGUUUAUUUCGAAAGGAAAUACUUUUACAUUAAUUCUAAGGCGUAAUGCACCUUCUACAAAUCUCGAGGAUGUUGAUUACGUUGACGGAGCUUAUCUAUUCCAUGACGAACAAAUUGGUGGCACUUUACAACCGGAUAAAAUGUGUGACGUCCAUUAUUAUGGUAUGAGUAGUCCAUCAGUUGGUACCAUUGACAACCCAGUCGAUCAACAUUUAUUCUGGAACGUGAAUGGUCAAUUAAAGUGCGUACAACAGUUUAUACCAGCCGCAAAUCAAAGUAUUACGAUCACAAUCCGGACAUUGGGUCAAAUGAAAGGUUUUGAUGGAACACAUUGUCAAACUCAGUGUGGUGAUAAUGGAUGCCAAUGUGUUGCUGAUACCACACCCCUGGACCAGAUUGAUCAUUUGUUAUUGAUGUCCGAUGAUAAUAUUCCACUAACCUGCCUUUGUGGGAAUUUCCAAGCAGAAUGGUUACCCGUAAUUGUUCGAAGUUGGAGUCCAUUGCACGUAAUUUAUUCGGUAGCGCAGUAUACGUGGAGUAACAAAGGAUAUAGUUUUUCAGCGGUUUAUUCGUUUAUAACGGAUGGCGAAUGUGGUCAUCAUACGUAUACGCAUUUAGUUGGAGAAAUCGAUUCCAAAAAUUUAACAUCGAAUGGACAUUUUAACAAUUUCUAUCAUUUGAAUUGUGUUUGGAUUUUGGAUUCAACUGUGCAACGGCAAUUGAUUAUUGAAGCUACUUCAAUACAAAAUCGGCCAUGUACAGCAUGGAAUAUUAGCAUACAUGAAUAUUCUCCGGAUUCUGAUGGCGAACUUUUACACACAUUUUGUUCACGGGAUAAGCAUAAAAUUUAUUCGUUACCAUGGAAAACUGCAACGGCUGUUAUAAGGUUAAAAGCAUUAACUCGUAAACAACCCCAAUUUCUAUUAAAAUGGCGUUCACAAAUGGUUCGAUCGAACACAAGAUUAGUGAAUCCAACACCAGCGCCGAAUGCGGUAUUAUCAGCAACGCACACUCAACGCCACAUGUCUUCAUCCGCCAUCAUAAUGAUAACAUUGUCAAUUUGUCUAAUACGAUUAUGAUCUGUGUUUUUUCAAAAAUUUUGGUAGUAGGACUUAAGAAGCACACAAAAAAAAAGAAACACAAAAAAAAUAUAUAAUUCGUGUUACACACGCACUCAAAAUUUUAUUCCACCAAAAAAAAUAAACCCAAAAUAUUUUGUAAUUCAAAAAAUUAUCCACAAUGGCGUUGAUGUUUCGCACACAGUAUUUGUGUGGGAAUUUUUACAACAUAAUCCAAUGUGUGAUUUGGAAACCCCUUCCUCUAUAACUGUUAUUGAUGUGACUAAAAAAAAAAACUGUUGACUCAUUAAAUCAUCCUCCCCUCAAUUUUCUUCAUCCCCCCAUUCGCCAUUGUUAUAUAAUUUUGCACACAAUACUCGCUUUUCGCUGAUGGAUCACACGUCAGGGUAUUUAUACAAAUUUUUCUAGAAUAAAUGUGAAUUU